CAGUCGCUCUCGGCGACGUUGAUUCUCCUACUCAUUCCGAAACCUCGACGGCGAACAAUCUCCUCCGUGGAUUCAAUCUUCAUUGACGAUCUUUUUUCUCUCCAAUUUUCUUCCCCAAAUGUUCCAUCCAUUGUUUUUGAUUUAGGUUUUCGUCGUCGUGUUUCACUCUCGGAGCCCGAGUCCGAUUUUUGGCUGUGAAGAAGAGCGAACAGAGUCAUUGAUUAUUCCGAGAGAACCUAGUUUUGUAUGAGAGACAAGAAGCUCUGCAUUAUUGAAGUGGUUUCAUGGAACUUUCUGUUUCCUCUCCAAAGCAAAGUGUGUUAUCUCCACCUGAUUGUAUGAGUGACCCUGAGGAGGAGCAUGAGAUCAGUGAGGAGGAGGAUGAUGAUCGCAACCAUAAGCACCGUAGAAAAGAAGAGACGAGGGCUCAGUCUUUGGAACAAGAUUCUUCAGAUCAGGCUUUCUCACGGCCGUACAGGAAAAACUAUAGACAUUAUGAAAAUGGCAAUUCGUUUAGUGAAAAUGAAAAGCGGUCUUUUGGCACAGGAUCAGGGCAACGUGUACAGUUUGAUAACCAAAGAAUGAGGUCAAACCCAAUGUUUUCAAGGGACUCUGGUCCUGGUAGAGGUAGAGGAAAUUAUGGUUCUUGGGCUCAGCGUGAUUCCAGGUUUAAUCUUGUUGAUCUCUCUUCUCAUAUGGUUCAAGUCGGGUCUAUGGCCCAGGGCAUGUUUGGAGGAAGGGGACUAGCUGGUGUUUCAGCUGCUCAAAGUGCACCAUGGCCUCCUUUUGGAAUGAUUCCUGGAGUUCCAAAUGGUGGCUUGGAUGGUUUCCAUCACUUACAAGGAUCCCUAAGACCGCCCUUAAAUGCUCCACUCAACAUGGGUAUUCCUCGGCAACGAUGCAGAGACUUUGAGGAACGUGGUUUCUGCCUCAGAGGGGACAUGUGUCCAAUGGAGCAUGGAAUGAAUCGUAUUGUUGUUGACGAUGUUCAGAGUCUAUCACAGUUUAACCUUCCCGUUUCAGUCCCUGGUGCACCUCAUCUGGCAGCUUCUUCUAAACCAGUGCCCGCACAGUUUGGGGGUUCCAAUUUCAUGAAUCCUAAAGGAGCUCAUGGGAGGACUAACGAGGGUGGAAUGGCUGUUGAUGGUUUGGGUUAUGGGGAUGCAUAUCCUAGUGCUGGUGGAACUGACUUUUACGAUCCUGAUCAACCUUUGUGGAAUAAUAGUACUGGUGAAACUUCAGGUGCAAUAUCGACACUCAAUUCUCAUGGGGUUGAUGAGAAUGUAGCUCCACUGGAUGACAGUAACCAAGACGGCGCUGAAAAUGGGUGUGGUAUUCGAGACUCUAGAAGCAUAAGUCAAUCAGUUUGGGGAAGAAUGCGUGGUUCUAAUAGUCAAGCAAAUUCCAAAGAGAAAGCUGAUGCAGUAUUAAAUUCAUCAGCUGGUCCUGAAGAUCAAUUGAAGGAGGUCUCAGUGAAUUCAUCUCGACACGGUAAACAAAACCAUGUUGGUGAAAGUGUCGCAAAAGUUGUUGAUUCAUCGAAUAUUUCAAAUGAUAUGAUGAACAAUUCAAGGAAACCAACUCAAAAGGCAAUGCGGACUCUAUUUGUGAAUAAUGUUCCCCACGAGAGCAACAGAAGGGAUCUCAUUCUUGCUCAUUUUCAGAAAUUUGGGAAAGUUAUCGACAUUCACAUCCCAGUAAACAGUGAGCGAGCAUUUGUGCAGUUCUCAAAACGUGAAGAGGCUGAGUCUGCCCUCAGGGCACCUGAUGCUGUGAUGGGUAACCGCUUUAUCAAACUUUGGUGGGCAAAUAGAGAUAGUAUACCUGAUAAUGGCCUGUCCAGUGGCACUGGUGCUUCUAUGAAGGGUCGUGGUAUGACUGCUUCUGGACCGCAGAACCAAUUUCCUAUUGCUGCAGCAUCGAAAAGCAACCAUGUAUCUUCCAUUGCUAAGGUCCCUGCAUUUCACACUGGUGGAGCUCCAUCCUCUUCUGAACAGCCUAAGCCUGUGGUGGCCACUAGUGGUCCCAAGGUUACGCCACUUCAGCAGAAAAAAGCAGAUACUCUUGAGCGGUUGAAGGAGACUCUUCGUAAAAAGCAGGAAAUGCUGGAGCAGAAGCGUAACGAGUACCGAAAAAAAUUGGCGACACUUGAAAAACAAGGUACGGUUGUCAAGGGCGAGGAAGUAGAUGAGCCAGACGCUAAGCGUGUUAAAGUAGACACAGCCUCUGAUUCGGGAGCUGCAAUUGCAUCACCAAAACCAGAGUCAUCGACAGAUAAGAAAGUGCCUAUCCAGAAACCACUUUCCACCGCCAAACUAAGCACAGAAACGCCAUCACCCGAUUCAAAAAACUUGAAGCAAAGACCAUAUACGUUUACCACAAGUUUGAACACUCCUAUGGUAAAUAGGUAUAAGUUGGACAACCGCACCACAACCAUCAAAGUGGUUCCCCCUUUGCCAACUGGGUUAGCUGAUGUUGCUGUCUUAAAGGAACAUUUUUCUUCUUACGGCGAAGUCUCAAAAGUGGAACUGGAAGACAAUGCAUCGAUUGGUAGUGGCAAGGACCAUGAAACACAGAAUGAAAACCGUGCAGCUUGUGUCACAUUUGUGAAACGCAGCGCAGCAGAGAAAGCGUUUGCUAAUGCAAAGUGUUGGCAAGAACACACGUUGCAGCUCGUGUGGGUAACACGUCAAAGCAACAAAGAGAGCAAUAAUAACAAUAACAAUAGUAAUAGUCUCUCUGUUUCUCAUGACCACCUUAGCAGCAAAAACAAGUGUGCUUCUAUCUCUAAUGACCCAAAACCAGCAGAUGAAGUCAAGGCCUCCUCUACGGAAGAACCAGAGACUACAAAUGUCUCUGGAGACAACGACAGUACUUUGGAUAAACAAGAGACCAAAGAAAGCGACAAUGAUAACAAUAAAAGUAACCACGAGUCCAUGGAAGGAGCUUCUGAUGCGAUUGCAACUUCUGGAACUGAUGAAGAACAGUCUGAACAAAUUCAUCAGUGAGAUCUUUGUUCCUUUUUCAGUUAUUAGCUACUAAAAUUAUUUCGAUUCCUGUUGUAUAUAGUCAGGACAUUUUAUUUCCUUGUCAUUUAGAAAACAUGGUGUGGAAUCCAGAAUCGGAAGCCAUUUUGAAAGUUUAUUCAAUGUUUGGUAGACUUGUAUUUUUUUUCCUAGAUUGGGAUCUUGCAACUACAAUGUGUUUUCUUUCAAUUUUAACAUUUAUAAAGGAACAGUUGUAGA